UUUAUUCCCACGUUCACACAGACGGAAAACACUCGCUCUCUUUUCCACAUCGAGCAAGGGAAUCAUUUUAACAUGGUAUCUGCAGGGCUACAGAUGCUGGGCACAGCCCUGGCAAUCAUCGGUUGGAUCUGCGUUAUCGUUGCCUGCGCUUUGCCCAUGUGGCGCGUCACAGCGUUCAUCGGACAGAACAUAGUCACGGCCCAGACCAACUGGGAAGGUAUCUGGAUGAGUUGUGUGGUACAGAGCACCGGACAGAUGCAGUGUAAAGUCUACGACUCCAUGCUGGCCCUCAGCUCAGACCUCCAAGCCGCUCGCGCCAUGUGCAUCGUCUCCAUCCUGGUGGGCCUCGUCGGAAUCAUGCUGGCAGGGGUGGGAGGGAAAUGCACCAACUGCAUCGAGGAUGAGAGUGCCAAAGCCAAGGUAGGCCUUGUUUCGGGAGUGGUUUUCAUCAUCUCUGGACUUUUGUGCUUGAUUCCGGUCUGCUGGACCGCCAACACGAUCAUAAGGGACUUUUACAACCCAUUGGUCGCCAGCGCACAGAAGGGCAUAUGCCUCUGUUGUGGCCUUCCCAUGUGGCGGGUCACGACAUUCAUCGGUGCCAACAUCGUCUCGGGUCAGAUCGUCUGGGAUGGUUUGUGGAUGAACUGUGUGAUGCAGAGCACAGGACAGAUGCAGUGUAAAAUCCAAGACUCAAUAAUGAAACAGACGCAGGACUUGCAAGCGGCACGGGCUCUGACGGUCAUCGCAAUACUAAUCAGCUUCGUUGGAAUGCUCUUGACGUUUGUCGGAGGACAAUGCAGUAGCUGUCUGAAGAGAGAGAGCUCCAUGGCUAAAGUCCUGAUCCUGGGUGGCAUCCUCUGCAUCAUAGCCGGAGUCGUUUGUCUCAUCCCUGUCUGCUGGUCCUGUGCCUACACCAUCUCCGAUUAUGAGAGCGUUCUCACCAUUCAGACCCAAAAAAGGGAGCUCGGAGCAUCUAUAUACAUCGGCUGGGGUGCAGCAGGAUUACUUCUGUUUGGAGGGAUCAUUUUGUGUACUUCCUGCCCACCAAGAGAAAAUAUGUAUCCUAAUUACCCUCCCAUGUACCCCUACCAAGGACCUAUGUAUGGGCCUCCAGGAACUUAUAUGCCUCCCAAAACAUAUGCCCCUAGCGUUGCAUAUACUGGAACUGGGACGUAUGUUCCCAACAAACCUUUAUACUCGGCUGUUCCAGGACAAUAUCUAAGCCAAGCCGACGAAGAGAAAAUGGUGUCUAUGUGCCGACAGAUCAUGGGAUUGUCCCUGGGCCUGAUUGGUUUCUUGGGGGCGAUCAUAAUUUGCGCCCUUCCUAUGUGGAGGGUGACGGCAUUCAUCGGGGCCAAUAUCGUGACCGCUCAGGUCAUCUGGGAGGGCUUGUGGAUGAACUGCGUGAUGCAAAGCACAGGACAGAUGCAAUGCAAGAUAUACGACUCGCUAUUGGCCUUACCCCAGGACUUGCAGGCUGCCAGGGCGCUCGUGGUCAUCGCCAUCAUCGUCAGCCUCUUUGGAGUCUUCCUGGCGAUCGCCGGUGGAAAAUGCACCAACUUUGUCGAGGAGGAAGCCGCCAAAGCGAAGGUGGCUAUUGCCAGUGGUGUGAUCUUCAUUGUUGCUGGAGUGCUGGUCCUGGUUCCUGUAUGUUGGUCAGCUAACAGCAUUAUCAGGGAUUUCUACAACCCCAUGCUCACCGAUGCUCAAAGGCGAGAGAUGGGACCUUCUCUCUACAUUGGCUGGGGAGUGGCUGCAUUGAUGAUCCUUGGAGGAGGUAUAUUGUGUAGCUCUUGCCCACCCAAAGAGGAAAACUACGGAGUCAAGUACUCUCAGCCACGGUCCGUUGCCACCAGCAAGGCCUACGUCUGAGAGCUGUACACCACAAGGACUCUUUAAUUGUAAAGACUCAUCGUUCAUAAGGCCACUUCGUACCCAGAUCCGUCUCUCUGUUCCAAGAUGCAAUGUGAAAAAGGACAAUGUCUGAUAAUGCAUAGGUAAUUUAAUGAGAGUUUGUGCUAUGAUUGUAGACCGAUCUCUCAGAAAUGUAUGUUUUCAUCGUGUGAUAAAAGGAAUAGGGAUCUGUAAUCACAAAAAUUUUACUCUAUUUUAAUUUAUGUUUGAUUUGAUAAGGAAGGAAUAGUUCAAAAAUAACAUAAAAUACAUGCGUAUAAAGUGUGUAUUAAUCUAUAUUUGCGGAGCCUCUAAUUUUCAUUCAUUUUUUAUUUACAUAAACUAGCUUUUUUGCAAAGUGUUGUAUGUUUUGUUUAUUGAAAUGUUUAAAAUGGUUCUGUAAAACAAUGUAUGUAUCUUUUAUAAGUGAAUAUGUUUACUUCAAAAGACUACACUCACCCCUUUAAAAUGAUAUUGUUACAUCAACGAUACAUCCCGGACACCUCAGUGAAUACACUAUUAUUAUAACAGAGAUGUUGCCAACGUACUGUAAACAACUGUUUGAUUGCUUGUUUUCACUUUAUUCAAAGUAUCUUGUCACAGUAAAAUGUAUUUAUUACGGUGACCUGCUUAUAAUUGGAUCAGUUCCCUACCAGUUGGGGUUCCUGCUCGACAUUUAUUACAGUUUUUACAUUUGUUGUGUCAUGAAUCAUCAUUGAACAUCUUUAUAUUUUAUUAACCUUCAUUAUGAUAUUUUCUUUUGGAAUUAUACGGUGCAUUUGCACUAUUGGUUCCUGUCACUGGAGGUGUGCCGCGGGGAGACGUGUGCUACUGUCAUGCCUUUGGUCUUUGCUUCAAAGACAAUAAAAUUAAGUGACUUGA